UGGUAAGGAUGAGACAAUAAUUUCUAAGAAUAAGACUAUAACUACAGGCAGUAGUGAAAAUGAGGUAACAAUUACUAAGAAUAAGACUAUAACUACAGGCAGUAGUAAAAAUGAGGUAACAAUUACUAAGAAUAAGACAAUAACUACAGGCAGUGGCAAGAAUGAGACAAACAUUACUAAGAAAAAUAUAAUAACCACAGGCAGUGGUACGCAUGAGACAAACAGUACUAAGAUUAAGACGAUAACUACAGGCAGUGGUAAGAAUAAGACAAUAACUACAGGCAGUGGUAAGAAUGAGACAAACAUUACUAAGAAUAAGACAAUAACCACAGGCAGUGGUAAGAAUGAGACAAACAUUACUAAGAAUAAGACAAUAACCACAGGUAGUGGUAAGAACGAGACGAUAAUUACUAAGAAUAGUACAAUAACCACAGGCAGUGGCAAGAAUGAGGGAAUAGUUACUAAGAAUAAGACAAUAACUACAGGCAGUGGUAAUAAUGAGACAAUAAUUACUAAGAAUAAGACAAUAACUACAGGCAGUGGUAAGAAUGAGGAAAUAAUUACUAAGAAUAAGACAAUAACUACAGGCAGUGGUAAUAAUGAGACAAUAAUUACUAAGAAUAAGACAAUAACUACAGGCAGUGAUAAGAAUGAGACAAUAAUUACUAGGAAUACGACAAUAACUACAGGCAGUGGUAAGAAUGAGGGAAUAAUUACUAAGAA